AUUUUCUUCUCUCUCUCUCUCUCUCUCUCUCUCUCUCUCUUCCUUUGAGUCCCUUUCCCUCUGGUUCAUCUCUCUCUGUAAAAAACCCCUCUCUCUCUCUCUCUCUCUCUCUCUCUCUCUCUCUCACAUAUUCAUUCUUUGCUUCUCCCUUUUACAUCACGAGAUCCCCAUCUCUCUCUCUCUAUUUCCCUCUCUCUCUCUCUCUCUCUCUCUCUCUCUCUCUCUCUCUGUGUAUAUACACCAUAUAUAAAUACAUAUAUCUGCAGAUGUCUUCUAAAAAAUCUCUCUCUUUCCAUUUCUCCAUCCAUUCUACCACUUCCUGGUGGUCUUGCACCUUCAGCCGCACACAUUGCUAAUACAAGACCUGCAAAACAAAAAAAAAAAAAAAUCUUUAGAGAGAGAAAGAGUAAAAAAACAGAGAGAGAGAGAGAAGUGAGCCCUCAUUCAUGCUCGAAAAUGUCGGAUUCGGAUAAACCCAUUUCGGACAAGAGGUCCAACAAUCUCUCCAAACGGUUUCGUGACUCACUGAUCUUCGACAACACCACCACUAACAAGAACAAGCCCGACUACAGAGACCUUGAUCUGGGCUCUCCCGUCUCUCCAUUACGGGUCAAACAUCCGGGUCGACCCGCUCAAGGCGGGCUCACCACCACCAGCAGCAGCAGCUCGAGCUCGUCCGGAUCCCUCUCCGGUCUCAAUGGGCCCACCAAACCCUCUCCCAAGAGAUCCGAAUCGAGCCACUCCGGGGAGUUAUCGGGCUCCGUCUCGAGCUCCCCUAGCCGCGGGUUCAAACCGGGCCACACCCGGUCCCAUUCGGGGUCGGUUAAUUCCCCGACCCUCAGCGUUCCUCCGACGGGCAAUAUAUUGCCGGUCGGAAGCACGGUUUUAAAACCAGGAAUAGCUAAUAGUAAUACCCGGAAUCCGAAACAAGACGUUUUGGGCUCCGGGGCGGGCCAUUACGGCCACGGGAGCAUAAUGCGGGGCGGCACCACCACUGCCGCCGCUAAAUCUUGUGGCAGCAGUGGUGGUGGCGGGACAAUGUUAAGUACGGACGCGGAGGAGGUGAAGAGGGCGGGGAAUGAGGCGUACAGGGCUGGGAAUUUGGCGGAGGCGUUGAGUUUGUACGAAAGAGCGGUUUCGAUUUCGCCGGGGAAUGCUACGUAUAGGUUUAAUAGGGCGGUGGCGUUGGCGGGCCUGCAGCGGUUGGCGGAGGCGGUGAAGGAGUGUGAGGAGGCAAUUAGGCUGGAUCCUGGGUAUGUCAAGGCUCACCAUCGGUUGGGGUUUAUUUUCCUGCGGGUAGGGCAGGUUGAAAAUGCCAAGACGCACAUUUGUUUUCCGGGAUGUCAACCAGAUGCAAAUGAGUUGCAAAAGUUGCAAGCAGUAGAAAUGCAUUUACGCAAAUGCACAGAUGCCCGGAGAAUUGGUGACUGGAGAAGUGCAAUGAGGGAAGGUGAUGCUGCCAUUGCUGCCGGAGCUGAUGCUUCUCCUCAGCUGCAUACGUGUAAAGUAGAAGCCCUCUUGAAGCUCCACCAACUAGAAGACGCCAAUUCAAGCCUAUCAAACAUUCCUCAAUUUGAACCAUCCACUCCCUCUUGUUCUAAGUCAAAGUUUUUCGGGAUGCUCUCUGAAGCAUACCUAUUAUUUGUCCAAGCCCAGAUGGAGAUGGCGUUUGGAAGGUUCGAGAAUGCAGUUAUGGCUGCUGAGAAAGCGGGUCAGAUUGACCCACGAAAUGUUGAGAUCUCAGUUCUGCUCAAUAAUGUGAGGCUGGUGUCAAGAGCUCGUGUGCGUGGGAAUGAUCUCUUCAAAUCAGAAAGGUUCACUGAAGCUUGCUCUGCUUAUGGAGAAGGCCUAAGGAUUGACCCCUCGAAUGCUAUACUCUACGGCAACAGAGCGGCUUGUUGGUUUAAGCUUGGGCUUUGGGAGCGUUCGGUUGAUGAUUGCAACCAAGCUCUACGAUUCCAGCCCAACUACACCAAAGCCCUUCUUAGAAGGGCUGCGUCAAGCAACAAGCUUGAGCGGUGGGCGGAAGCCAUGACAGAUUAUGAGGUCUUGAGGAGGGAACUGCCGAAUGACACUGAGGUUGCAGAGUCUUUGUUCCAUGCCCAAGUGGCAUUGAAGAAAUCUCGUGGGGAGGAUGUUCACAAUAUGAAGUUCGGCGGGGAAGUGGAAUCAGUAUGGGGUCUUGAGCAGUUCAGGGCUGCAAUAUCUUCUCCUGUUGCUUCUGUAGUCCAUUUCAAAGCAGCAGCCAACCCGCAAUGCAAGCAGAUUUCUCCCUUCCUCGAUGCACUUUGUUUACGGUACCCAUCAAUCAAUUUUCUCAAGGUGGAUGUGGAGGAGACCCCGGCCGUUGCAAUUGCUGAGAAUGUAAGGAUUGUACCAACGUUCAAGAUUUACAAAAAGGGCAGCCGAGUAAAGGAAAUGGUUUGUCCUAGGCCAGAAGUUUUGGAGUCCUCGGUGAGGCAUUACAGUUUUUAGAAAACGACCAUAUCGUAUAUUACUGUUUUGUCGGCUGUUUUUCUUCCAUCCUCUCCUUGUUGCACAUCUUUUCCGCCCCACCAUACUAAGACUAGAAGUUGUUUGUGACAUAAUUGAAGGUACUACACAAUAACCUCUCGUUAGGAGCCAAUGCCAUUGGAACUGAGGGAGAUAGAUUAGUUCCUUAUUGCGGUUUCUAUUUAUUCAUUCAUUUCUCAUUGCUCUCUGUUCCCCUUCCAUUUUCUUUCCUUUCCCCCCCAUUCAAAGCUACUUUCUUCUUCACUUUCUGAAAGCCAGCCUUGUUCUAGCAUCUCGACAUUGCUCAUCGAGGAAGAAGAAGAAACAGAGGGACAUGUAAAAUUCACCCAAUCAACCUUUUUGGCGCUGUGAGAGAGAGAUGGCCAGCCGGUUCCUAGACGAGGAUGUACAUGUAAGUUUAGUAUUAUGAAUCCAUGAUGAUAUAUAUAUAUAUACCGAACAUUGGAAGUCAUUUAGGGAGAUCAGAUGCUGUGGUGAUGUUCAUUGAUUUUGUUGUAUCUUGACCCAAUUGCUUCAUCAAUAAAAUUGUCAAUUUUUUUGGCUUGA